UGAAGAACUAAAAUCCACAACAAUGCGCGAAAUGAUCGAUCCCAUUUAUACCUGUCUCCGUUUUCCUAAUCCGAUCACCAUAAACCCUAGCAAAGAGAGAAGAAGAAGAAGAAGAAGAAGAAGAAGCUGAGCAUUGCGUUCUGAUCGAUAAUUAAUUAUGCAGAGGCAGAGUCCACCGAAGCAUCGGCACGAUGACACUUCGCCGUUGCCUCUCGGUAUGGACUGGAGUCCUCCACCUCGUAAAUGGAACGGACAGGACACUGUUUGGCCUCAUGAUCCUCGAACGGGAUGGAGUUAUUGUGUAAUUGUUCCUUCAUGGAUUGUUCGUCCAAAAACGAGAGAUUCGGAUUCUGUAGUGUUUUACAGAGUUCAGAUUGGAUUACAGUCACCGGAAGGCAUUACAACUACACGAGGAGUAUUAAGAAGGUUUAACGACUUCCUUAAACUAUUUUCAUUGCUUAAGAAAGCAUUCCCAAAGAAGGAUAUUCCACCUGCCCCACCCAAGGGGCUCUUGAAGCUUAAGAACAAGACACUUUUGGAAGAGAGACGGUCCUCUUUAGAGGGAUGGAUACUGAAGUUACUUUCUGACAUUGAACUGUCAAGAAGUGCCCCAGUGGCAUCAUUUCUUGAAUUAGAAGCUGCUGCAAGAUCAUCAUUUCAAAAUGAGAAUCAACAAGAUAUGGAAACAAGUCCUACUGGUAUUGCUUGUGAAACAUCUGAAAUAGAAUCCCCCAUCCUUGUGAGAGACAACAAAUCUGAAAUUGGGUUGGAGGUUUUAUCACUGGAUGGAGAUGAUGUGGGAAAUCCAAUAGAGAAGUUUGUAAAAUACGGGAUAUCCAACAUUGAUGAAGGUUUGUUUAUGGGACAUGCAAUUUUGGAGCAGAUUGAUGGUUUUCAGAAGCAUAAACCACUUUUUAAAGAGAUUAAAGGUCAUUCUCGGAAGCUCUCUACUGAAAGUAAUGUAAGUUCAACAAAAAGUAGUGAAUUGUCAAAUUCGAAUGGAGAUGGGCACCUUGUUAAUUGUGGCGGCAAUGGUCUAUUCGAUAGUAUUGAAAUAGUUCUUCCAAUUGACCAGCGCCAGAAAAUGGACAGGAUUCUUCUAAGCAUGCAGAGAAGGCUGUUAACAGCUAAAACUGAUAUGGAAGAUCUUAUAACAAGGCUAAGUCAAGAAAUAAUGGUGAAUGAUUAUCUUGUGACUAAGGUGAAUGAUUUGGAAGUGGAACUGGAGGCAACCAAGCAGACAAAUAAAGAAAGUCUUCAACAAACGAUUCAAAUUGAAAGAGAGAGAGUCAUGCAAAUGCAGUGGGACAUGGAGGAACUUAGGCAGAAAUCUUUCGAAUUGGAAUUAAAGAUAAAAUCCCAACAGGAGGGAGAAAUAUUACCACAAGAACAAGACAAGGAACCAGAAUCAUUUGCUCAUGAAGAUGAUGAUGUGGUACUUCAAGAGCUUGACUCAACAAAAAAGCAACUAGAGGAUUUGCUAAAGAGACAUGAAGAACUUCAGUUGAAAUCAAAAGCUGAUCUUAAAGUUCUCAUUAAGGAAAUAAAAUCCCUCAGAAAUUCUCAGAGAGAACUAAAGCAGGAGGUUAGCAAAUUACUGAAGGAAAAUUCUGUCUCACAGGAGCUCCUGGAGGUAGAGAAACAGAGGAAUGUGCAGAUUAAUAGAGAUAGAAGGAAUUUGCUUAAUGAGUGUAAAGUUCUAGUUCACAGAAAACUUCUGAAGUGCAUGCUGCCUGAACAAGGGGAAGAUCUUAAGUUGUUGGUCAAUGGUUCUGCAGACUUGAAUCUCUUGGAAACAUCCGAUCAUCAAAUAUGUGGUUUUCUUGCAAAGGUGGAAUCUUUAGCUGAAAGUGAUGCUUGGUCUGAAGAGGAAGAUGAGACAAGAAGAAUAGACAGGGAAAUGAAGAGGAUGCUUGCAAACAUGUUAAGUGACAAUGUGAAGUUGAGAAAAGAGAUCAUUAGUUCUACCAUGCACCUUACAUGAUCCAACAUAACUAUUUGUACAAAAACAAUAGUGUGAAGUAAAGAAAAGAGAAAUGAAAUGAACAAAUAAUAAUAAUAAACCCUUUUGAGAGAGUAGAUAAUGAUAGAGUUGAAAAUUCUAUAAAAAGGAAAUGAGAAGAUGAGCAAUAAAAAAAAAAGAAUAGAGAAAUAGUGAAGAGUCCAACACAGCAGGAGGAGGAAGGAGGCCAAAGGCAUCACCACCUUUACAAGAGAGAAAUCUCAGCCCAGGCUUCUUCUUCAUCUUCUUCUUGAUAGUCAUAUCAUCAUCAUAAUCAGUACUGUUCUUCUAUUUCCCUUGGGUGUACAAGAAUGUAAAGUGGUUUUCCAUUUAGCCUUCUCUGUCCCUAAAAACAGAGUAGUAGAGUUUUUCAAAU